UAGGCAUAACGUCAUAUCCAAUGACGGCACCGGGAAGCCAAUCAGAGUGCGCGCACAGGAAGCCCUGCCUUUCAUCAGCCAAUCAGCUUUCACGUAGCAGCAACAGUGGGCGUCCCUGUGCGUAAAGAACACAUGUUACAGGCAAUGUGGAGCGGAGGCGGAGUCACCAGUGCACACCUGCAAGCAAUUAAUCACCUGGUUUCUUAAGCACGGCAGUAAGAGUCUCGACAGUGGUGAUUUUUUUCUUCCUGUCACCUUUAAGACACGUUUAGAUUAAAUGAUUUUUUUAUUUAAAAAAAUAUUAAUUUUUUAUUGUUGGGGUCGUUUUUGGGCGUGUCAAUCCACAGUUUUUUUUACCAGCAGGUGGCGUUAAUGCACACAAUAAGUUGCUCGCCAACAUUAACAAACAAAAAGAUGAAGAAAAGACCGGAAGCCUGAAGCCUGAAGCCGGAAGAACCUUGCUCAAGCGGCAAGUGUGAUUUUGAAAUGAAGAUGGAUGGCUGCAGACUCACCUCCUGCCCCUCCGGUGAAAGUGAAAAUGCCUCGCUGGCAGAGCGGCUACAAGUCAGCAGGAUGUUGAUAUUAUUCUUCCUGUGACAGGAGAUUAAGAAGACAAAUGGCAAGACUUUCGGCUAUGGCAGUUUGCAGGGAACUUGCCGCAACGUCUGUUCCGAGGAACGUGUCGUUUGAGCACCUCCGCCGCCUUCUCCGCCCUCUGUUCCCGGAGAUGCUUCUGGAUCUCACGGAUCCAAGCCACCCGUCUAACGUAUGGGCUGUUGUUGCUUUUCCGCAACAUCCCCGGCAGCUUGUCGGACUUGAGCAUCAACGAGCUCGGGCUUCUUUCUCCUCCCCUCAUGGUGAUCUUCUUUCCUGAUAGUGGCAAAGGUAGCAGCGAGAGAGAGCUGCUUGCUGAGGCCCCUGACUCCAAUCAGAAAAGACAGCAUCAUUGCAGCCGAACCCUCACGAUGGUGAAGAAGAUGGUCGCGGUGGCACUGACGCUGCUGCUAGUGGCAGCGGCGGCUACGUUUGUGGGCGUCUUCUUCGGCGUGGGGGCAAAGAAGCGCCCAAGUGAGCAAGUGUACUUAAGGGCAGCUGUGGCGGCGGAUGCUGGCCCAUGCUCGGUGAUCGGCAGUGACAUGCUGAAGAAAGGAGGAUCCGCUGUCGAUGCCGCCAUAGCCGCCUUGCUGUGUGUGGGACUGAUGAACGCUCACAGUAUGGGCAUUGGGGGAGGGCUUUUCAUGACCAUCUAUAAUGCUUCAACCGGCGGAGUGGAGACCAUCGACGCCAGGGAGACGGCGCCUCGUAACGCCACACAGAAUAUGUUUGGCAACAGCACUGAUUUGUCUCAAAGAGGUGGUUUAUCCGUGGCCGUCCCAGGGGAGAUCCGUGGUUACGAACUGGCCCACAAGCGUCACGGCAAACUUCCUUGGAAGGAUUUGUUCCAACCCAGCAUUGAUCUGGCAGAAAAUGGCUUUCCUUUAGGCAGGGCUCUUGCCUCUGCUCUGUCGAAACAUAACAACACCAUCGUCAAAGACUCAGCCUUGUGUGAGGUCUUCUGCAGGAAUGGCAGCGGCGUCUUGAAAGAAAAUGACACCAUUAGGUUCCCCGUGCUUGCAAACACCUACAGGAAAAUAGCGGAGGAGGGGCCUGAAGCGUUCUACCAAGGAGAACUAGCAGAGAACCUUGUGGCGGAUAUUCAGGCUGCAGGCGGCAUCAUCACAAUGGAGGAUCUGAGGGAUUAUGUGCCCGUCUUGGAUGAGAAGCCUUUGAGCGUGAACGUGGGGGAGUACACCAUGGCUGUUCCCAAUGCCCCCGCUAGCGGCCCUGUGCUCUCGCUGAUAUUAAACAUCUUGAAUGGGUACAACUUGACGUCAGACAGCUUGGCCAGCAGCGAGAAAAAGAUCCUAACUUACCACCGCAUCAUUGAGGCUUUUCGCUUCGCCUACGCAAAAAGGACCUUGCUGGGAGACCCUGCGUUCCUCAACAUCACUAAUCUCAUCCAGAACAUCACCUCGCAAGCCUACGCCGACGACAUCCGAGCAAAGAUCACAGAUGAUACAACUCACCAUAUGAAUUACUACGAGCCGGAGUUCUACCUCCCUGACAACCAGGGGACAUCUCAUCUGUCCGUGGUAGCUGAGGAUGGCAGUGCCGUGGCGGCCACCAGCACCAUCAACCAAUUUUUGGGCUCCAAAGUCAUGUCCAGAUCAACGGGGAUACUCCUCAACAACGAAAUGGACGACUUCAGCUCGCCGCACAUCACGAAUGGCUUUGGAGUACCUCCUUCGCCCAGCAACUUCAUCAGGCCAGGGAAAAGGCCCAUGUCCUCCAUGUGUCCAACCAUCCUCUUUGACAAAAAUCACCAGGUUAAGAUGGUGGUGGGAGGAUCAGGUGGCACAAAGAUCACCACCUCCAUUACUCAGGUGAUUCUGAAGGCGCUGUUCUUUGAAUACGAUUUGAAGAAAGCUGUGUCCGACCCGAGGCUACACAACCAGCUGAGCCCCAACUCCACUGUCGCAGAGCACGACUUCGACAAAAACAUCAUGGCCGGUUUGGCAAAUAAGAACCACGAGACGUCGUACCUCAAGUCGACCGGAGCCGUGGUGCAGGCGGUGGUUCGUUACAACGACGGACUCCACGCUGAGUCGGACCCUCGCAAGUGGUCGUACGCCGCGGGCUACUGAGGUCACCAACACCACUCUUGUGCAGUAGAUUGGAGAUUGACACCAGAGACUCAACACUCGUAUGUUCUGUCAAUCAUUUCAUGAGCAGAAUUAUGUUUUUCUAACAAACGUCUAACAACUGAAGCCUCAGGACCAAAACUAAAAUGAUCUGCUGUAUCUUGAUCACCUCGUUAUGGUCAGACCAUGAAUGUUUAAAGCACAGCCGCCCCCGUGAACUUCUGUCCAACCAUUCCUCGCUAUUUAUGAAGACCUUUUUGUAAAUCAUUACUGCUGUCAAAAAGACCAUUAAAAUGUGAC